AUGUCGAUGAUUUUUGUUAAUAUAGCCACUAAUAAUUCAAACAAAGCAGGUGUGCCUCCAACAACAAUUGGAAUUAAUUCGAGGGAUCCUUAUAUUGAUUAUGGGAUGGUUGGAGGGAAUAUCAACAAUAUGCCACUAGCGACAUCAUCAACCUCCCUAACAAAUAUUGCAAUUACGCGAUCAAAUCCGAAAAAACGUUCAAAGAGUUUGAAAUUAGAUUCGGAUGACGAUAGCAGAUCAAACGAUGAUCGAGAAGCGGAUCGACGAUCAGCAAACAAUGCUCGCGAAAGAAUACGCGUAAAAGACAUCAACAUGGCAUUCAAGGAAUUGGGUAAAAUGUGCGCUCAACAUCUACAACAGGGAAGUGAAAAAACCCAAACAAAACUUGGAGUUCUACAUCAAGCAGUUGCUGUGAUAACAGGUUUGGAAGAACAAGUACGGCAGCGAAACUUAAACCCAAAAGCAGCAUGUUUAAAAAGAAGAGAGGAAGAAAAACUUUUACCAGGGUAA